AUGUGCUUGUUCAAAGUUCUCCUACUUCUGAGUUCUGUGGUGAUUUCAGUGGUAGGCAAAGACACCUGCCCCUCAUCAGCCAUUGCAUCUUGCCCACCGUCAUGGCAACCAUGGGGGGGUUAUUGCUAUCGAUUCACUGAUGAGAAGGCUGACUGGAAUCAGUCCAAGUUGGCUUGUCAGGCCAUUGGAGGAGUGAUGGGUGUGCCAUAUUCACCGGAGGAAAAUGAAUUCAUGAUGCAGAUGGCCCGCAAGGAGAAUAUUACACAUUUCUGGAUUGGAUGCAGUGAUACAGAGAAAGAAGGAACUUGGGUGUGUGAAGGACAAGGGAAGGGUGAGCCAUUCUUCAACUGGUCACCUGGAGAGCCCAACAAUUCACAUGAUAAUGAAGACUGUGUUGAAAUCUGGCUGGGUAGGAUAGGCAGUAUGAAUGAUGAAUCCUGCAACAAGCCAUUCGGUGCUAUCUGUGGACAAAGACAAGCCACCUGUCUCCAGCGUCCAAUUCAACCAGCAUGUGGUUAUCAACCACACCCAGCCCAUCACUACUGCUUUGCCACAGAUGGGGAUGGACAACUUCUUAGCUCCUGCCUUCUCGAUCAUGUCAUCAGAGAGUUUGCAACCAAGACCAAUCCCUACCCUGGGUGUGCUUUCUCCUGCAUGAAGGAAUCCACAUGUCGCUCGUUCAACAUCAAGCACAAUGACCAAGGACAUAAAAUCUGUCAACUCAAUAAUGCCACUCGCUCUGAGGAUCCGGCAAAAUUUCAAGACGUUGGUACUAUCUGCAACUACGCCCAAGAGUGUGUUGGCUAGUCAAGACA